AGACGACGUAGCAGCCAUCUUUUUUUCCCUGGCUUUGGAGCUUUAGGUCAGCUCCUCAGGAACCUUUCAAACUUCCCCGAAAUGCGCUUAUGGUCAACAGCUAGCUGUAUUUUGUUUGGAGAAAAAAAGGAGUAGCAGCUAAGAGCAGAGCCCUGACUUCUCAAAAAGCACUGCACAGAGGAGGAGGCAGCAGAAACUCAUUUCAGUUUCUUAGGACUCUGUACUUCCCCAGAAGGAAGAAUUAAAAAUGAAUAUGUUCAAGGAAGCAGUGACCUUCAAGGAUGUGGCUGUGGCCUUCACGGAGGAGGAGUUGGGGCUGUUGGGGCCUGCCCAGAGGAAGCUAUACCGAGAUGUGAUGGUGGAGAACUUUAGGAACCUGUUGUCAGUGGGGCAUCAACCCUUCAAACGAGAUGUAUCACCUAUAGAAAGAAAAGAGCAGCUUUGCAUAAUGAAGACAGCAACUCAAAGACAGAGAAAUUUAGGAGAGAAUAAUCAAAGUAAGUUAAUGACUGUUCAAGACAGAGAGUCAGAAGAAGAGCUUUCUUGCUGGCAAAUCUGGCAACAAAUUGCAAGUGACUUAACCAGGUGUCAAGACUUCAUGAUCAACAAUUCUCAGUUUCACAAACAAGGUGAUUUCCCUUGCCAGGUAGGGGUAGGACUGUCUAUUCAAAUUUCCAAAGAUGAGAACUGUAUAGUAAAUAGAGCAGAUGACCCCAAUGAUACUGUGAAUCCAGAGUUUCCUACUUUGAGAACCCAGGAUUCUUGGAAGAAAAUGUUCCUGACUGAGUCACAGAGAUUGAACAGAGAUCGGCAAAUUUCCUUAAGAAAUAAACUAUGUCAACAUAAGGAGAGUGUUGACCCCAUCAGUUGGAUUUCACAUCAUGAUGGUCAUAGAGUACACGAAAGUGAAAAAUGUUAUAGACCCAGUGAUUACAAAAAAGGCAACAUGAAGAUUUUGACAUUUGAUCAGAAUAGCAUGAUUCACACAGGACAGAAACCUUACCAGUGUAAUGAGUGUAAAAAACCCUUCAAUGAUCUCUCCAGCUUUGAUCUUCAUCAGCAGUUACAAUCAGGGGAGAAGUCUCUUACAUGUGUUGAGCAUGGAAAAGGCUUCUGUUACAGCUCAGUUCUUCCUGUUCAUCAGAAAGUACAUGUGGGAGAAAAACUUAAGUGUGAUGAGUGUGGUAAGGAAUUCAGUCAAGGCUCACAUCUACAGACCCAUCAGAAAGUCCACCUGAUAGAGAAACCAUACAAAUGUAAGCAAUGUGGAAAAGGCUUCAGUCGUAGAUCAGCACUUAAUGUUCAUUGUAAGAUCCACACAGGAGAGAAACCUUACAGUUGUGAGGAGUGUGGGAGGGCCUUCAGUCAGGCUUCUCAUCUUCAGGACCAUCAGAGACUCCACACUGGGGAGAAACCAUUCAAAUGUGAUGCAUGUGGUAAGAGCUUCAGUCGGAAUUCACAUCUUCAAUCCCAUCAAAGAGUUCAUACAGGAGAGAAACCAUACAAAUGUGAGGAGUGUGGGAAGGGGUUCAUUUGUAGCUCAAAUCUUUACAUUCAUCAGAGAGUCCACACAGGAGAAAAACCCUAUAAAUGUGAGGAAUGUGGUAAAGGCUUUAGUCGGCCUUCAAGUCUUCAGGCCCAUCAGGGAGUCCACACUGGAGAGAAGUCUUAUAUGUGUACUGUAUGUGGAAAAGGCUUUACUCUGAGUUCAAAUCUUCAAGCCCAUCAGAGAGUCCACACUGGAGAGAAGCCAUACAAAUGUGAGGAGUGUGGAAAGAGCUUCAGGAGAAACUCCCAUUAUCAAGUUCAUCUGGUGGUCCACACAGGAGAGAAACCCUAUAAAUGUGAGAUAUGUGGGAAGGGCUUCAGUCAAAGUUCGUAUCUUCAAAUCCAUCAGAAGGCCCACAAUGUAGAGAAACCUUUUAAGUGUGAGGAGUGUGGGCAGGGUUUCAAUCAGAGCUCACGACUUCAAAUUCACCAGCUGAUCCAUACAGGUGAGAAACCAUACAAAUGUGAAGAGUGUGGCAAGGGAUUCAGUCGUAGAGCAGAUCUUAAAAUUCAUUGUAGGAUCCACACAGGAGAGAAACCAUAUAACUGUGAGGAGUGUGGGAAGGUCUUCAGACAGGCCUCAAAUCUUUUGGCCCAUCAGAGAGUUCACAGCGGAGAAAAACCAUUCAAAUGUGAAGAAUGUGGGAAGAGUUUUGGUCGGAGUGCACAUCUUCAAGCCCAUCAAAAAGUCCACAAUGGAGAAAAACCAUACAAAUGUGAUAAAUGUGGGAAGGGCUUCAAGUGGAGCUUGAAUCUUGACAUGCAUCAGAGGGUGCACACAGGAGAAAAACCAUAUAAGUGUGGGGAGUGUGGUAAGUACUUCAGUCAGGCCUCGAGUCUUCAGCUUCAUCAGAGUGUCCACACAGGAGAGAAACCAUACAAAUGUGAUGUGUGUGGUAAAGUCUUCAGUCGGUCUUCACAAUUACAAUCUCAUCAGAGAGUUCACACUGGGGAGAAACCUUAUAAAUGUGCAAUAUGUGGUAAGAGCUUCAGUUGGAGAUCAAAUCUUACAAUUCAUCACAGAAUCCAUGUUGGUGAUACAUCCUAUAAAAAUAAUAGGGGUGGUAAGAACAUCAGAGAAUCCACACAGGAAAAAAUUCUAUAAAAUGAUUCUUUUUGAA